AAGAGUCCCGCAGUCUCGGGCAGGCGGAGCCGAGCCGCGCACAGCCCAGCCGAGUCAGCCGGGGAACCGAAGGGCGGCAGGGCGGCAGGCUGGCCUGGGGGGCGCGGGCAGCAGCGGGGCGGGCCGGGGCCGCGGGCUGCUCCUCUCCGUGCCGGAUGUGAGAAGGACGAAGGGACUGUCGAAGGACGGACGGACCGACGGGGGCAGGCGGGCAGGAUGGGGGGCGCCUUCGGCCUGACUCUGGCCCUUUGCCACUCUUUGGGACUCUACCUGCAGCUCGGCGCCUCCUCGCGUCCCCCGCAGUGGGAGAACCAGAUCCCCGGCAACGCGUUUUUCACAGAGACCCCCCACGACAUGACCGCCCGGGCUGGUGAGGACGUGGAAAUGGCGUGUUCCUUCCGUGGCAGCGGCUCCCCUUCCUACUCGCUCGAAAUCCAGUGGUGGUAUGUGCGCACUCACAGAGACUGGACAGACAAGGAGAACUGGGCCUCAAACCAGCUAAAAGCAUCUCCACAGGAGGAAGCUGGGAAGGACGCGACGAAAAUAAGCGUCGUGAAAGUGGUCGGCAGCAACAUCUCCCACAAGCUGCGCCUGUCUCGGGUCAAGACCACGGACGAAGGGACGUACGAGUGCCGGGUCAUCGACUUCAGCGACAGCAAGGCUCGGCACCACAAGGUGAAGGCCUACCUGCGGGUGGAGCCGCCCGAAGAGACCAACCAGCUCCAUCGCCACACCUCCCCCGCCAGGCACCUGCAGGAUACCCAAGGGCUGGGGGCGCCGCUCUCCGACCACAGCAAACUGAGUGGGGCCCACCCACACCACCCACACCAGCACCACAAGCCGGGCAAAGAGCUCAAGAAGCGGUCCGUGGAUGACGCUGCCUGCUCCCUCUAGACUGGCUGGCCUUCAGCGCCCGGGACUGGAUGGCCAGAGGGGGUCUGUCCCUCGUCCACGCUCUCCGCACAGGCAUCCACACACCCACACUCCCGCCCUGUCCCAUCACACAGUUGGAACACCACUCCACCGAGGCCAUGGCCGACUGGGGCCUGGCGGCUGCCGGAUCACCCUCAAACAAGUGCCGCAAAGUAGAGGCAGGAACGUCCGCAUGAAUCCCGACCGCACCGUCCCCUCCAGCCGGCCAUGUAGAUACGAGUUUUUACAAGUUCCUUUUACUUUAGCUGCCAGCCCUACCCUGAGUGAACUGUUGGGGUUUUUUUUCUGGGACUCCGGGGACAGAGCGGAGCCCGUCCAAGAUGGCCGUGGACGGGGGAAGCCCGGUUGGCGUAUGCUGGCCGCUUCUCCGGAUGGUGCGCGUGUGGAUGGGUGACGGCUUGCCCCACAGGAAGAUGGCGGCUAGACCCACCCUGGCACCAUCGGCUGCAACCUAGCAGGACUGUGUCACAUUUUGGAAAUCUCUACGAUCCCCAAACACGGACUCAGGGGCUCGCACACUUUGCUGCGAGCGAAUUCAGUUCGAGCUGAGAUGUAAAGGACCUGUUGUCGAGCCAAACCUGGCUACCCCCUCCCCGCCCCGCCCCCCAUUUGCAUUGCCAGCCACUCAUCCCAUUUGUGACCCUCCCACGAGUCUCUUUCUUGCUUUGUAAAAUGAAACCUCCAGUGGGGGGUCACCAUUCAGGCUGUUUUAACUUGCUAGUAUUGACCUGUGUUGCUAUGAAAUCUAUGACUGUAUAUUGUAAAUACAACUGACUGUUCCUUUCCCCAGCCUUCCCCGCAGCAAACCAGUCCCCAAGAGCUUUCGAGGAAAAGCCACUGAACUCUGCUCGGGCUCCGGCCCCCUUCAAAACAAACACCACAAACGAGAGACCUCAGCCGGGUAGCAAAUCCCAAACAAGGUGGCCUUCUGCCAGCUAGAGAUGCAGGGAUGCAAAAAGCUUCCUAAGAAUGGGUCCACAUUUGUACUUGGGGGCUCUUUGGGGGAGUUGUCUGUUGUGCGAGCCAGAGAAGGGUACCCAGAGACAGCUGUGAAGCUGUUUGGCAAAAAUGUAUGAGCAGGGCACAUGAAGAAGAAGAA